AUGGGCGCGAGCACUUCGGCCAGCAUAAGACCGAAGGAGCUGUACGACGCAGUAGUCGCAUGCUACUCCUCCCCUACCACUGCUGCUAUAGGCCGCCUCUCACUGCCCUACCUCUUCCCCGACCUGUCUGCCUUUGCCACUGUAGCUGACCUCAUCACCCACCUCCGUACCAGUGACCUCCGCUACCGUGCCACACUCCCCCCCGAUUUCCUCGCCAAGAACCCCCCCCCCCCCCCGAUGUACCUCACACUGUACCACCUUGUCACCCGCCUCCCUGACUCCCUUCGCACUGUCAGGGACCAGUUUCUCGCCCUCUCCCCCACUGACCUCACUGUCGACCUCCUCGAGAAGGAACUCCUAGCAGCUGAGAAGAGCAUUGUAGCUGUAGGUGCCUCUCGUGGUGACCCCCGCACCCCCUUCUUUGAGGGGUGCUCCCCAUCCCCCCUCCUCCCCUCCAUUGCAUCUGCUGCUGCUGUCGACUACCUCGGAGCUGAGGGGGAUGGUGGAGGUGGAGGUGGGGGCGGCGGCGGUGGAGGGGGUGGGGUGGGCAGGGGUGGUGGCGGAGGUGGGAGUGGCGCGGGUGGUGGGGGGGUCGGUGGCGGCACGGGGGGUGGUGGCGGCGGCGGUGGUGGAGGUGGUGAAGGUGGUGGUGGCAGUGGUGGCGGCGGUGGAGCGGGUGGCGCUCGCGGUGGAGCGGUACAGCGUGGGGGGUUCGGCAGUGGCCAGAGGCAGCAGCAGCAGCGUCCCGGUGAGACUCCCUCGCCCCAGCAGCUCCGUGAGUGGUACUCUCAGCGUGGGGGGUCUGGGGGUGGGGGCACCCGCCUGUACGUCAUCCGCACAGGUGACCGCACUGGCCAGACCUGUGGGAGGUUUCGCACGGCACAGCGCUGUUUCUUUCGCCUCGACGACGCCUGGCGCGAGCAGUUUCCCGACGCCUCUGAGCUGCCCCGCGGGGCUGAUCGGCUUAAGAAGGGAAUUGAUAUCUUUGCUCUUGACUAUGAUGCUAUCCUUGCUGCUAUGUAUGCAUUGACUAUUAGUGUUGAGGGUGAUUGCUACCUGAGUGUACCGCCUGACCCGGGUAUUGGGACCAGUGAGGCUACAACUCUAGGUGCUAGCGCGUCUGCUCCUCCAGAUCCUGGUGAGGCUGCUGCCCUAGGUGCUACUGCGUCUACGUCUGCUGGUACCGCACCUACUAAGGCACUACACACCUUCACACUGGACUCAAGUGCUUCUCGCUGUUUCUUUCGCAACCGCACUGCCCUCGAGCAACUUCCUAGACCGGUUGCUGUCUCCCUAGCUGACCCCUCAAGGGGUCCGGUCCUUGUGACCUCCACCACUGCCCUCCCUUCUCCUGCUGUCGGGCCUCUACCUACCCCCGUUCUCAACGAACUUGCUCAGCUGUCGGCCCCCUGCUCGUGUCGCUCCCUGUCGCACAGGACUGUCCUCUGGCACCACCACCUUGGUCACCCGUCAGUGCAGCGCCUUCGCAGCAUGCACUCCAGGUACCUUGUCUCUGGUCUUCCCAGAGUUCUCCCUCCCCUGCCACCCUCGCCUGCUCCUCCCUGUCUUCCCUGUGUUGAGGGGCGGCAGCGCGCCGCUCCUCACUCCUCCUCGUUCCCACCCACAGAGGCUCCCCUGCAGACUCUCCACCUGGACGUGUGGGGCCCUGCCCGUGUCCAAGGACAGGGCCACAAGCGGUACUUUCUGCUGGUCGUCAACGACUAUACGCGCUACACCAUGGUCUUCCCCUUGCAUACCAAGGUGCAGUACGCUGCGCAUCAGCUCAACCUCUGGCCCCGUAUCUCCGUUCCGGACACCUCGCCCACCCUGAGUUGGACGGGGGAGGUUGGUGAUGCGUCGGUAUUCCGAGUCUAG